AGCGACACGAUGUUAUUUCAAACACUUUUACUUUAUUGAAAAGUUGACAUCACGUUAUUUCAAACAAUCUGUUUCAUGGAAGAUGGAGCCUACCAACAAACACUUUCUGAGAAAUUGUCCCUUGCCAUUGGCGUUUUCUUCAGCCUUCUUCCAAUUAGAACUUCUGCAACUGUAUCUGAAGUUUCCCCGAUCCAAUGAUUCCAAUUUCCACACACAUUCCUACCAAGGCUCUUAAAAAGACCAUAUUCAUACUCUUAACAAUAGCAUCAAAAUCAAAGUCAACUCUUGAAUCAGCAAUGAUCACUGAUGUACCUUCUUCUUCCUCCUCUUCCUCUCCCUCCGUCAAGACCCGUAGAUGGAUCAACCAUGUAUUCAUCAGUUUCAGGGGUGAAGACACCAGAAAAGGUUUCACAGAUCACCUUUAUGCUGCACUGGAAAGAAGGGGUUGUAUCAAAACUUUCAAGGAUGAUCAUGACCUUGAGAGUGGGGAAAUCAUAUCUGAAGGGCUCAUCAAGGGAAUUCAAGAGUCCAUGUUUGCGCUUGUUGUCCUCUCACCAAACUAUGCUUCCUCAAGAUGGUGCUUGGAUGAGCUGCAAAACAUCGUUGAGUGCAGGGAAAAGUUCAACCAAGUGGUUUUUCCUAUCUUCUAUGGUGUAGAACCCUCUGAUGUAAGGUAUCAGAGAGGAACCUUUGAAGAAGCUUUCAGAAAACAUGAAGAGAGGUUCAAAGAGGAGAAGGGGAAAGUCCAAAGAUGGAGAGAUGCAUUGGAAGAAGUUGCAAGUUAUUCCGGUUGGGACUCCAAAGAUAAUCAUGAGGCAGCAUUGAUUGAAAGAAUUGUUGAUCACAUACAAAAAUUACUGAUUCCUAAGUUGCCAUCAUCGGUAGGAAACCUCGUUGGUGUUGAAUCAAGGAUGAAAAAGUUGAAUUCACUCAUCGGUAUGCAGUUGGAUGAUGUUCGCUUUAUAGGUAUAUGGGGCAUGGGAGGCAUAGGAAAAACAACAACUGCCAGAUUAAUAUAUGAAUCAAUCAAAGAGCAGUUCAACUUUAGUUGCUUUCUUGCAAACAUUAGAGAGGUUUCUGCAACAAAUGGCAUAGUUCACAUCCAAAGGGAACUUCUUUCUCAUCUUUCUGUAAGAAGUAAUUACUUUCAUAAUUUGUUUGAUGGGGUAAAAAUAAUAGCAAACUCUUUGCACAACAAAAAGGUCCUCCUUGUUCUUGAUGAUAUAAGUGAAAGAAGCCAAUUAGAGAACUUAGCCGGAAAACAAGAAUGGUUUGGUCCCGGUAGCAGAAUAAUAAUCACUACUAGAAAUAAGCAUCUGCUAAUGACACAUGGCGUGCAUCAGACAUGCGAGCUUGAAGGCUUAGUUCAGGAAGAAGCCCUUCAUUUAUUCUGUCUGAAAGCUUUUAAACAAGAUCAACCCAAAAGCAAAUAUCAGAAUUUGUGCAACGAAGUGGUUGAAUACACAAGAGGCCUUCCAUUGGCACUUGAAGUAUUGGGGUCUCAUCUUUGUGGAAGAACUCCUGAGGCUUGGCAUAGUGCUUUAAAGCAAUUAAGAAGUUCUCCACACCCUGAAAUCCAAAAUUCAUUGAAAAUAAGUUUUGAAAAUUUGUCGAGCACAGAGAGAGAAAUGUUUUUGGAUAUUGCUUGUUUCUUCAAAGGCAUGGACAAGGAUGAAGUAGUAGAAGUGUUAGAAAAUUGUGGUCAUUUUCCACAAAUUGGAAUUGAAAUUUUGAUUGAAAAAUCUUUGGUCACUCUUGGUAGGGUUAAUACAUUGGAAAUGCAUGAUUUACUUGAAGAAAUGGGAAAGAAUAUAGUGUUUCAAGAAUCUCCAAAUGAUCCAGGAAAACGUAGUAGAUUGUGGUCUCAUGAUGACAUCAGCCGUGUGUUGACACAAAAUAAGGGAACUGAAGCAAUUCAAGCAAUAGUACACUAUGCUCAACCAUAUGAAGCAAGAUGGAGCUCUGAAGCUUUCUCCAAGACCAGCAACAUAAGGUUGCUAAAGAUACGUAAUGCGUGUCGUCUUUCCCAUGGCCUUGAUUGCCUUCCUUAUGCACUCAGAGUUCUUGACUGGCUAGGAUGCCCUCUGAAAACUCUGCCACUUACUGAUCAGCUGGAUGUUGUUGACAUCAAUUUGUCUUGGAGCAAAAUUGAACAACUUUGGCACGGAGCGAAGAUUUUACAUAAGUUGAAGUGCAUCAACUUGAGUUUUUCAUCUGAGCUAAACCAAACCCCUGACUUUGUGGAGGUUCCAAAUCUCGAAUCGUUAGUUCUUCAAGGUUGUACAAGCCUAACCGAAAUCCACUCAUCUGUUAUGCACCUCAAGAAACUUGUUCAAUUGAACUUAGAAGGCUGCAAAAGGCUCAAAGCUCUUCCAGGUAAAAUGGAGAUGAGUUCAUUAAAGGUUUUAAAUCUUUCUGGUUGCUCAAACAUGAACACCAUCCCAGACUUUGGGAAUUGCAUGGGACAUCUAGAAGAGCUUCGUUUGGAUGGAACUGCUGUAACAGAGCUACCUUCAUCAUUAGGAUGUCUGGUUGGACUUGUUCUUUUGCAUUUACAGAAUUGCAGGUAUCUUGUUUGCCUUCCGGAUACCAUUCAUAAGUUGAAGUCCCUCAAAGUUCUUAAUGUUUCUAAUUGCUCGAAACUCCGUAGCUUGCCAGAGUGCCUACAGGAAAUGAAUAAUCUGGAAGAACUUGAUGCAAGCAAUACUGCCAUUGAAGUAUUUUUAAAUUGCUUUCGAGUUGCAUCUGCUGUUUGCCGUCCAUCCCUUUUGAUAAGGUUGGAUUUAAGUUAUUGCAAACUACUUGCUGAAUCAGUACCAGAUGGUUUUUGUGGCUUAUCUUUGCUGAGGGACUUAGAUCUUUCUGGCAACAACUUUGUUAACCUACCAAGCGACAUUUCCAAACACUCUACGCUUGAAUAUCUUUGUCUAAACUCGUGCAAGAAGCUUCAGUCAUUGCCUGAGCUUCCACUAAGCAUAAAAAGAGUAGAUGCAAGCAACUGUGCCUCAUUGGUAACUUGUAAAUUCCAUCCAUCUAGCAAAUGCAGCAUUAUUGCAUCACCUGUACAAUGGCACUUACCAAGAGAACGAAAGAGCCUCCUUAAGGGGAUUUGCUUUCCGAGAACACCAUUCGACAUGGUUAUCACAGGCAAUGAAAUUCCAUCAUGGUUUGCACCUCAAAAGUCCUCUUCCUUUGCAGAAAUACCAUUUCCUCAUCCUUCUCCUCCAACUGAAUGGCUGGGAUUUGCUCUCUGUUUCUUGCUGGUAGCUGAUCGGCCUCUGGGCUAUUACGAUGCAGAGAUCACUUGUUACACGGCAACACAAACAUCAUUAGAGUCCCGCAUACUCGUACCAGAUAUUCAGGCCAACAAAAUAAUGGUACCGUACAAAGAUGAUUGGAGGGCUGAGUCUCCCGUGAUCACCAGGCAUCUUCCUGAUAUGGAGCCAAAACUACCUCACCUUUACAUUCUCUUUCUGUCCAUUGGAGAAUACCUUGAAAGAAUGCAUACAGAUACAAGUAUAGGAUUCGGUUUGAGGACCAAUUCCCGUGGCAGUCCAUUGAGAAUAGUGCAGGCUGGUUGUCGUGUGGUGUGCAUGGAAAAUAUUCAAGAUAUUCUUGGAAAUCAUUCCCACUCUGUAGGGCCUAAUAAAAAACAAAAAUCAAACAACAACGAUGGGCCAAGCCCAUAACCUUUCCUUUUUUUCCUUCUACUCCGACGGCACACACAAACACUUCAAUGCAGCAAUACACGAGUUAAUACUUAAAUUGGCUCCUGAAAUUUGACCUCUGAUUUAAUUUAGCCUUCAAGGUUUCAAUUGACUCUAAUUAUACCCUGAAAUUUUGACCUGUGACUCAAAUUGGCCCUUCUGUCGUUUUCCGUCACCGGAAAACUGACCUGUCAAUUUUGGUUGACACCUGACACCCUUGCAGUUAGAUGACGUGGCAAAAUGUUUGAAAGCAUCAAUUUAACCCCUAAAAAUUUCAAAUAAAACCUAGAAGUCUCAAUUCUCCCAAAUCGCAAGAGUGUCUUCAAGAGUUGAGAAGAAUGUUGGGAAGUAGCAGCCAAGGUUCAGGUAGCUCUAGUAGAGCUCGUUCGCAUGGUGGCUGGGUGAAGAACGCACACCGUGACAGAGGUGGAAAGGUUCCGCAUUAGUGCGGUUGUGGGUUGUGUCCUAUUCUUCGGUAGUCUGGGCGGAUUCCAAUCCAAAAAGACCAUUCUAUGAAUGCUCUAAAUAUAAUACUACCGAUAAGAGAUGGUGCGACUUUUUUAAAUGGGCAGAUGUUGAAGAAGAAGAAGCCAUAGUUGACAGAAAUGAAAGUUCAGUUAAUGAAGACCAUUGGAAAAUAUCUCUGGAAUAAAAAAUUAGUGCAGUUGAAGCUAAAAUUAGAAUAUUAAAAAUACGAAAUAUUAUGUUGUCUGUGUUUGUUACUAUUUUUUUCCUGCCUUUCUUCCAGGCAGCACCUGGAGCAUGCUUCAACUUAAAUUCCCUCAACCUAGCUACCGAAAGACCACCUUCAAUAUCUGAUUUAGUAAAACUGUCUUGUGGUCCAGGCUUGUAUAGGCUGUAUUUUACAGAUUCGUACGAGUUAUGUGAAUCACCGUCACUGCCAUUGUUAACAUCGAGGUUUAUAUAGGUGUUCUUGUUGCCAGUAUCUUGUUUUUGUCCCACUACUCUUCCUUUUAGUCUAGCAGAGGAUCUUGUUGCAGUAUGAAUUGAUUUGGAUAAAGUGGCUUUAGAUUUGGGGGUUGAUUUUGGUGUUGGAUUGGGCUUGGAUGCUGAUUUGGGUGUUGGAUUGGGUUUGGGCCCGGACUUGGGUGUGGACUCAAUUGUAUUUGAUGUGGGAUUGGGUUGAGGUGCUAGUUUGGAUGUGGACUUGGGCUUAGGUGUAGGUUUGGAUAUGGGCUUAGGUGUCUCCUUAGGUGCAGGUUUGGACUUAGGUGUAGACUUCGGUUUCUCCUUAGUUGCUGGCCUGGGUCUAGGUGUGGGUUUAGGUGCUGGUUUUGGUUGGGGGUAUCUCCUUCAAUAGGGGGGUGGAAGCAGAUGCAAGAUGCAGGUAGGGACUUGGAUGCCUCUUUGGAAGGGCCUUUAUCACUACAAGAAAAAUCACUUUUAAUAAUAAUAAAUAUAUAAAAAUAAAUGAUUGGAAGGGUGAAGAAAAUAUAAAGAUACAAUAUAAUACAUUGCAAGUUCUAGGAUCUGUCAGAUAGGUUUCUGAAUCUGCAUUCUGUAAUCAAUUUCCUGUCAAAUAUGCAUUUUCAUCUUUCAGAAUUCCUGUUUUCGCUGAUGUUUAGAGUUUAGCUAAACAUGAUAUGCAUAGAUUUUACAACUGAAUUUGUGUUUUAUAGUACCAACUGGUAGUUAUGGUGACAGUAAAUUUGGAGUUUGAGUUGGCCUGGUCUGAAACAUUUGAUGGUUUUGAGAGAGAACAACUUUUUGAACAACACUAUUGGCCGUGUAACUGAUGGAAUUUAUGAAGGUACCACUGAGUUUGAAUUC